UUAUCGGUUGAAAGCUGAAGUAAAUUCUCUCGAUAGGCAUAUUUUUGAAUAUAUUUUGUGUGUUUCAAAACCAUUACAUCUGAAAAUAAGAUGAUUUCGGAAUGGGAUGAAAUCAAACGGCUGGCUGCUGAUUUUCAGAAGGCUCAGCUGUCCACUAGCCUGCAAAGACUUUCAGAGCGGAAUUGCGUCGAACUGGUCAGUGUUCUGAUCUCGAAAGGUCUCUUGGAUGUGAUUUUUACUACCGACGGCAAAGAAUAUUUGACACAAACUCAUUUAAAGCAGGAGGUUAAGGACGAAAUGUUUGUUCUUGGUGGUCGUGCAAAUUUGGUAGACCUGGCAAAAGCACUUAAUGUUGAUUUCGAUAAAAUUCAACGGAUUGCGGAUCAAAUUAUAUCGGAAGAUGCAACUAUUAAAUUUGUUCUUGGGCAGCUAUUGGAUGACUCGUACAUGCAGCGUGUAGCGUCAGAAAUCAACGAAAAACUAUCUCAAGCCGGUGAAAUAAACGUGGCUGAUUUGACGAUUCAAUAUGAUUUACCAGCCGAUUUUAUAUUGAAUAAUAUAAUUGUGAAACAUCUUAACAAGAUAAUUAUGGGAAAACAAGACUCUUCGAAUGCUAAUAUAUUUUUCACACAGUCCUACAUUACCAGGAGUAAAGCGAAGAUCCGAGGAGCUUUGGCAGCAAUUACUAGACCAACUCCAAUAUCGGCUAUCCUUGCUCAAAGUGGUGUCCCUGACAGAUUGUUUUACUUAUUGGUCAACGAGGUGGCUACUCUCGGUAGUGUAACGUCUAGAACCCCAGGUGCAUUAUAUAUUCCGCGCAUUUAUACUAAGACGCAAGUUGAAUGGGUUCAGAAUUUCUACCGACAGAAUGGAUAUCUGGAGCAUGAUUCGGUAGCUGGGUUGGGCGUCAAUGACGUCAAAAAUUUCAUCGUAAAUCAACUGCCAAAUGAAAAAAUCACGCAUUUAAAGAAAUGUAGUGUAGGCGACAAGUUAAUUGAUCAAGUUUCGGCUUCGCUGGAUGAAUGCAUUGCUACCAAUAGCUAUUUAGAUGUAUCCACAGUGUUACCGUCGAUUAUGAGUGAUGAAGACAUUGAGCAGCUGAUUGACAUGAUAUUACCACCAACCAAACAGAAACAAGCAUUAAUUUUUGGUAGCACAAUUUUGACUAGCAAAUAUAUUGAUAACAUCAUUAAACCGUGUUACGAUAUAGCAAAUGAUAAUGCUAAAAAGUCGGUGGAUAGUGGAAGCUAUCAGCAAUAUAUGGCUGAAAAAAUGAUGAAACAUCAGGAUGUUCCUAAUAGAGAAUCUGUUGGAGGUGACAGUAAAGCAGAUAAGCGUGAAGAACGGCGAAAGAAAGCUGCUGGUGGAAAAGGAGGUGGUGGUACUCAAGGUCGUGAAACAAAAACCAAAUCUACUAAAAAACAUGCUAGAGGUCAUCGUGGUAACAUAUCCGACUCUGAUGACGAAACUACUACUAGUAGUAAGCUAACUGGAAAAGGAGCAAAAGAAGUACCGCUUGAGCUAAUAACAAAGAAAGAUAUUAUCAAGGUGUUGGAAAUUGGCCUAGAGCCCGAAGGAUUGGAGGAUCUUUCGAAGCAACUUGCAAAUCAUUACUACCCUCAAUUCACCGAGUUUGCCUUAGCCAAGGCCCACGAACUGUAUGAAAUUUCUUUGCACCAAAAUAGCCGAAAUCGUCGUCAAACUCAUGCAAAUCUACAAGAUAAGCUUAACAACCUGUACAACGAUAUUCGUCUUUAUGAUAAAGGCAUCAAGCUUCUUCCCGCGGAUGUUCAGCCCCAACUGGCAAAAUACUUACUGAAAUCGAUUGGGACAGAAUUUUGCAACGAAAUUUUCUUCUAUGUGGCAGCUGAAUGUAAUCUAAAUGCCAAUGGGACGACUCUCACAACAGAGCAACGCAAUAAAAUUGCGCAAGAAUGUAGCGAAGAGUACACAGCAGCCUUGCAGGCAUUAAAUAAAGCUACAAUGGGUAACUCUUCUAUUGAUGAUUUCCUCGUAGUAGCGGAAAACUCUCUUCAAGUAUGCAGUAUGAUAUUGAAGAAGAUUGACAAGAAAAAAGAUAGGAAUUUAAUUCUUUCCCAUAAGCAUGGCUUACUGGAGCAGUUGUCGAGUUGCUCAGACCAUGCGCUUGUCCUGCACUUGGCUGUACUGGUUAUCUUCACAAUAUCUACUCAGAGUAUGCUUCACAUUUCAGGAAGGCACGUGUCUGCCGUCCUAAGAUUUCUUCAGCCGUCUCUCAAUCCAGACCAAGCGCAAAAACUGACAACAUAUCACGAUUUAGUACUGAAGCUUCUGAGUGCUGAAAGCACUGCUUAUGGUAGCAAGCUUGACGUUGAUGAUAUUACGAAGCAACUAGAAGACUUGACGCAUAUUGUUAAGGAUAUUGCUACAGAUUUAAAAAAAGUAGGUGUUACCAGUGCCGAAUAAUAAUUGUAUCAUAUUGAAUAAACAAUA